GACACACCCUUCUUCUUACUACAUGUAGCUGUCUUUCCUCGAGAUCCUAUACUGUACUAGUACAGUACUUUAUAGUGUACUCAGUACUGUACUGUGUAGCUCUCAUUCUAGAAUUUAUAUCGUCUACCUCUGCUGACCAUCUAAUCACUGUCAAAUUGCUAUCAGAGUACUGUACUGUAGCUGCAACAACAUUAACAAUGGCUAGUGGAGAGUACUCAGACCUACCUGAUCUAAAUCUGUCAGGAGUAGAGGAAGUAAUGGGAGCAGAUUCUGAACCAAAAGUCAUUGGUUGUGGUAGUUACGCUGAAGUUUUGGAGCUAAGAUUCCAUGGACUCAAAUGUGCAGGCAAAAGAUUUCACAAAAUUCUCUACAACGAAACGAAAUCAUCGAACAAAUUGGCGAGAUCUUCUCUGGAAGAAAGUGUCUUCAGAGAACGUAGGUUCCUGGCUACCGUGAGACACCCCCACAUCGUGCAAUUCCUAGGUGUAUACAUGAGCAAACACAGCAACCUCCCCGUGCUAGUAAUGGAAUACUUGCACACUACUCUCAAUGAGUGUAUUGAAAAGUACCACAUCCUACCGGAAACAGUUGCAUACACGAUUCUCGAAGACAUUGCUCUUGCUCUUUGCUACCUUCACUCAAAAUUCAUAGCUCACCGUGACCUCUCUUCAAACAACAUAUUGUUGACAGUCGACAUGCAUGCCAAAAUUUCCGAUUUGGGCAUGGCAAAAAUUCUCAACAUCACACCAAAACAAAAAGCAAUGACAACUAAGCCUGGAACACUGUAUUGUAUGCCUCCAGAGGUACUGAUAAACAAUCCAACUUACAAGGUGGAAAUAGAUAUAUUUUCGUAUGGUAUCCUUGCUAUGGAAAUUUUCUGCGGAGAAAGCCCCGUUCCAACAAAUGAAUUCGAAGAGGAUUCCACAUGUAGUGGGGAUCACAGGUUUCGGAGACUCACGGAAAUAGCAAGGAGACAAAAGUACAUGGAUGUAAUCAAUCCAGACCACCCUAUGGUAGGGCUCAUUGAGCAGUGCCUAGACGAAGCGGACAAGCGACCAAUAGCAGCCGACGUUAAAGCUUAUAUACGCCAGGAAAAAGCUAAGCUGAACAUCGAUUGCUAUUCCAAAAUUGAAAUGCUUCAAGAAAGGCGGUGCCAGAAAAAGAAGAUUGAGAAGUUGACGAAUGAGCAAAGACGUUUAACAGAUGAGAUUACUGAUUUUAAAUUUACUGUCACUGAUCUGAAACAAGAAAUUGAAGUGUACAAAAGCGAGCCUAGCAUUGAUAAGCUUAGAGAAGAAAUAGAAACAUUGCGAAAAGAUUUAAACAGCACAAGAGAUAUGCUUCGGAAAAGAGAGAGUGAAGUAAGUGAAAAGACAAAGCAUCUGUUGAAUCGCGGUGAAAAGUAUCAUGAGAGAAUGCAUGAACUAGAGAAGCAGAGAAGUGACGCAAUGAAGAGUCUUGUUUCAGGAGAACAGCUCCAUUUACUACACGACCAAGUCAUGCUACGAGUACAGAAAGUCAGGGAUCCAUCAGAGUCCAUCAAAGCAGUGGAAAUACAUGCUCCAAUGACUGCUACCCAAAGUACACUUAUCACAUCAACACUAUACAUGGGUGGAGGGCAAAACACAGCUGAUCUGGGCGUGCGAAAUCAGGUCUUGACCGUCAAUUGGACUCAACUUUCGAUUGGUAAACUACCAGAGUGUCCUGUGAUUCAAUUUGGUCUUGGAAACAUUGGAGGGAAACUUCUAGCGAUCGGUGGGAGAACAGCUGAGGGUGAAAGCAUGACAAACAAGAUUUACGCGUUUGAUAGUGAUGCCCAUGAGUGGAAAGAAAGCGCAAUUCCUGCAUUAUCGAAACCUCGAGCUCGAGUUUGUGUUGUAAGCCAAACGGAAGAUGAAAGUAGUGCUUGCAUAGCGGCUUGUGGGGGCAUGUUUAUUAACGGCACUAGCAAGGUACAUGUACCUACUAAUCUUGUCGAGGUGUACCGCAAAGAUAGCCCACACUGGACUACUGUAACAUCUCUACCGAAAUCAAGAGCUGCACUGAGAAUGACCGUCCUACAUAACACUGUGUAUCUACUGGGUGGCUACGAAGAUUUAUCGCAAGACGGUAUGCGUGACUGCUUCAGUAUCCCUACAGGGAAUUUAUUCCAUGAGAGUCGAGAAAUUGUCUGGAGUACGCUUCAAGAACUACCUAGUCGAUCAGCUACCCCAGCACACAUUUGCGGUACCCUACUAGCAAUCGGAGGAAAAACGACGAUCAACAGUUGCACCCCAAUACACGCUUACAAUCCUAACCUGAGAAAGUGGAUACAGAUUGCAGACCUGCCUAUGGGACUGACUGAUGCUACAGCUGCUGCCCUGCCUUGUGGGAAAGUGUUGGUUGCUGGUGGUCGGGACAGUUCGGGAAACAAUAGGAACAAGAACGUGUUUUCUAUGGAACUUGUUUAUAGGAACUAACAGAUAGUGUACAGUCACAGCAAAACGUUAUAUAAAAUUUUUUAUUAUUAUUAUGGCCAGAAGUACAAUUAUUAUUAUUAUGCUGUCUUUUGUGUUUGUGUCGUUGCCUAAAAGUUUUAAUUAGCCCACACGAGGCUGGAGAUGUUUGUGUCCAUGCUUGUGGAAUUAAAUUUAUAGUGA